AUGCUGCAGGCGAUGAGCGGUGACGCGGUCCGGGGCCCGGAGCACCGGGUGGUGGCGCCGGCUGGGACGGAGGUGGACAUGAUGUCACUCUGCUACUUGGCGUUCCCGCACGAGGACGCCAUCAUUGUCGGUCAGGAGAUGUACAGAGGGUUCAGCUACGAUGAGUUUUGGGAGCAGGUGCAGGCGGACGUGAAGGCCACCGGCGCCAAGGUCAGCCUUGGCCGCUUUCGCAUCCCCGUCAGUGGAUCAUAG